AAGAGAUGCAACAAGCGUUAUAAAAUAGUAGAGUAUCUCUCCUAUAUAUCUUUCUCUCUGUCUCUGUCCCUCCCUCAUAACACAUUCUACUAAAACAAGGUACAUGAAGGUGGAAACUGAAAAAAUGGAUGAAACACAGUUUCUGAAUUCAAAUAACAACAUCAACAACAAGAAGAAGAAGUUUGAAUUGUUGAGAUAUGAAGAGCUGCCAGAUUACAUGAAAGACAAUGAGUAUAUCUUAAAUUACUACAGAGCUGAUUGGUCUCUCAAACAUGCUUUUUUCUCUUUGUUUCUCUGUCACAAUGAAACUCUUAAUGUUUGGACUCACCUGAUUGGAUUUGUUGCAUUUUUGGUGCUGACAAUUGCAAACUUAACAGAAUUUUACCAAGUAGCAGACUUCCUUCAAGUUUACAAAUGGCUUUUCCCACAGGAUCAUUCUGCACAUAUUUCUCAUCAACAAAUGUCAUCAUCCAUGGACACGAUACAGUUACCAAUCGAAGUGACACGUUGGCCAUUGUACGUGUAUUUGGGUGGCGCAAUGUUCUGUUUCGUGUCUAGUAGUCUAUGCCAUCUCUUCUCUUGUCACGCGCUUCACUUAAAUUGUCUACUUAGUCAAUUAGACUAUACAGGCAUCACAGUUAUGAUCAUCACUUCAUUCUUCCCUCCAAUCUAUUAUCUCUUCCUAUGCAAUCCCAUAUGGCAAUAUGUCUAUCUAGGAAUAAUUAGCGUUCUAGGUGCUUUUGCAAUCGUGGUAUUACUUUCUCCAACACGAGCAAGAGGUAAAUAUCGUUUCAUGCGUACUUUGAUUUUUGUGACAAUGGGCCUUUUUGGGGUGAUCCCUGCAAUCCAUGCCACUAUCAUGAAUUGGAAUGUGCCUCAAAGGAACACGGCUUUAGGGUUUGAAUCCGCGAUGGGGUUUUCUUACUUGGUUGGAGCUAUGUUUUAUGUUAGUCGAGUGCCUGAAAAGUUGAAGCCGGGUUGGUUUGAUCUAGUCGGGCAUAGCCACCAGAUAUUCCAUAUAUUUGUCGUAAUGGGUGCGUUAGCGCAUUAUGUCUCUGUACUUAUACUCUAUGAGUGUCGUCGUCGACUAAGUUGUGAGUGAUUCAAGUGAUUCUUAAACAGAAUACACACCUUGUUUUAGUACUUAUUAACACAUUAUAUUGGAGAUUGUUUAAUACUUCUA